AUGGACAAUGUUAAUAGGAAGCGGAGGAAAAACACUGAUGAUGAGGGAAGUGAUGUCUUGGAUGGUGGCAACAAAUGUCUUGUCAUAAAGAACCUUCUUAGUGAAGCUCAACAAUGUUCCAUGAACAUGACAAACUUACUGCAGAGUUUCCAAGAAUAUCGUGAAGGCACAACUAGCAAUGAACUUGCACAUAGUGAGAUUAUGGACUUAACACCAGUAUCAGAAUUUGUUUUGAGAUGUGUAGAUGAAGAUGACUAUAUCAAGGUUCUGGAGGAAAUGUUUGAACCCAUCAACACAUUCUUUCCAGAUAGAGGAUCUAAAUUUCUUUUUGAUUUUUCUCUGAGGAAGCUGAAGAGGCUUUUGUUUGAGACGCUACCAAUAUUUCUUGAUGCAUAUGAGAUGUUAGAGGAAGAAUACAUGAACACAUAUAUCCAUCCCAUUUUGAGGAAGGCACUUGCUCGGUUUUCAGGAAUUCCAUAUAUCCCUAUUUCAUACUCUUUAGUGGGUAAAGCCAUUGUUGCUUCUGGUUACAGAAAAAAGGUGACGAAUCAGAAGGGAAACGCUGACCGUGCUGAUGGAAUUGCCUAUACGUCUGACGAAAAUUCCUAUGAAAUUUCUGUAACGGAGGGAAGCAAACCACAUAAUGUCGACUAUGAUAAAGAAGGAGCAGAUUAUAUCCAGAAUGCACGAGCGGAAAGACUUGUUGAACUUUGUCGUUAUCUCAGAAGUGAAGUUGAAGC